GUUUAGGGAAAUACGAUUAGUUAAAUUUUGUCUCAAUGUGUUGGUUUCAUUUCGCUCGUGCGUCUUAAAAUAGGAUUUCUUGUAAAUACUUGCGAUGGUUUUGCAUUCUGCAGAUUGGUUGAUUCCGACUAGAUAUAAAACAAGACAAUCAUAGUGGGCUAAACAGUCGUUUUAGGUGUUCUGUGAUGGGGCGUGGUCCUGGACAUAACCAUGAAGACCACGUCCUCAGGACGAACACUAUGGUUUGGCUCCCCAGCUUCCUGCAUGGUGGGUCUUCCAGCCUGGUGUCCACUCUCACCACCUUCCCCAUCUACAAGAUCGUGUUCCGCCAGCAGCUUCACAGCACCGUAGUCAGCCAGGCGAUAGGCCAACUCAGGAAGGAGGGUUUCCUGAAGCUCUACAGGGGUGUGGUGCCCCCUCUACUGAUGAAAACCCUGAACGGGACGCUACUUUUUGGAAUACAUGACACUUUCCUCCACUGUCUCUCCUCCAUCACCAACCCCUGCAGUGUCAUCCCUCUCUCCGCCGCGUUACCAGCUGUGGCCGGGCUCGGCACAGGCAUCGUGGAGGCCUUGGUGUUCACGCCAUUUGAGCGUGUGCAGAAUGUGUUGCAGAACGGGGGCAACGACCGCAGCCUGCCCACCCUGAGGAGUGUGCUGGCCCGGCUGGGGACGGAGAGGCUGGGGACGGGGUACUACAGAGCCUUCAUCCCCAUACUGGCCCGUAACACCCUGGGAAGCUGCAUCUACUUCGGUCUGAAGGACCCCGUCAGUGCUGCUCUGAGGGAGAAGGGGCUUCCUCCUAUGGCCUCAUCCUUCCUGUCAGGAAUGGUAGUCAGCUCCAUGGCGAUCAACCUGCCCCUGUAUCCUCUGUCUGUGCUGGUGGUCAACAUGCAGGCUGGGGUGGUGGGUGAGGCAGCGGGGGUGAGGGGGAGCUGGAAGGCACUGUGGGAAGGUCAGCUGAAGAGGAGCGUCCCCCUGCUGUACCGCGGAGGUUCCCUGGUUAUCCUCAGGAGCUGUAUCAGCUGGGGAAUCACUACAGCCAUCUACGACCGAUGCUCCGCACACUGAAACACAACACCUCAUUGCUCCAUUCCAGACAAGYCUGUGUCACAAAUUGCACCCUAUUCCCUUUGCAGUGCACUACUUUUAGGGCCUUGGUGAAAAGUAGUGUACUACAUAGGGAAUAGGGUGCAAUUUGGGAAGCACACAGGAAGAACUUCAUAGGGCGUAUGUCAAUAGUCUGAAGUGGCUUCCUUUCUCGUCUCUUUCUCUUUCUUUUUCUCUCUCAAUUCAAUUCAAUUUGCUUUAUUGGCAUGA